UCUGUUUCGGGUCCAGAAUGGCGGAUGCGGUGCAUUUAUGUUUGUGGGUAGAUAUGGGCUGUAGAAGAGCAUCAGACGGGUUUCCUGCUAAUUCCCCCGUACUUCCGCGGGUUUCAGUAUGGGUUUGAAGUCAUGGGUUCAGGCGAGACGUUAACGUUCACCGAGGUACUGAAAAGCGUGCAGGUGACUCUAGCUACAAAGGAUACAGACAUGGGAACUCUGACCAGGGGUGUUAAGUAUCAAGCAAGCCAACACACAGCCUCCAGCCCCACAUAUUGCCCAGGGGCGAACAACAGGCCUCCGUAUUUGUGUGAGACGGGUUACUGCUGUGGAGAAAGCGGCUGCUGCACCUACUACUAUGAACUCUGGUGGUUCUGGUUGCUGUGGACGGUUCUGCUUCUGUUUAGCUGCUGUUGUGCCUACAGACACAGGCGGGCCAAGCUCCGCCUCCAGCAGCAGCAGCGACAGAGAGAAAUCAACCUGAUGGCCUAUCACAGAGCCUGCAGCUACCCAGACCCCACCCUCGACCUCAGUUUUCUUGCUGCCUUUAAGCUGCCAUCCUAUGAAGAAGUGGCAGCCCAGCCCAACACUCCUCCCCCACCGUACAGCGCAGACGUGGCCCAGCAGAGCGGCGCUCUUUAUGCUCGCGCCGGCCCCAGUGGCAUGACCUCCUCGCACAGCUCAGGGAACUGCACCUCCUGCUCGUGUGACUCGUGCUCCCUCUCCUCCCCCUGUAGCACCUCCUUCUCUGUGCAGGUGACCGACGAUGCUCUGACCAGCAAUGCCACCACACCCAGUGACUCCGGGCAUGCCUGCAGGGCCUCUCAUUUUCCAGGGCCACAUCCCUCCCCACCCCCUGCUGCAGAGCAGAGCGCCCCCCCGCAGCCUAGUCCGCCUCUUUCUGUGACCCCCAUGCUGCUGCAGUACCCACAGGGGGCGGAGUCUAGCCUUUGUGGGGAGAGUCCUUACUCGAAAGUCGCACACUCUCCUCUCAAACAUACAUUUUUCUCCUCUAGUGUAUGUGUAUUUGAGGCUGAAGGAAGGGAACCCGGCACCAAGUGUUCAGAGCAGUGCAGUGAGGAGGGUCUGAGUGAGAACCACUUCCGUCAUCGCAGUCUGACGGGCGACUCUGGCAUCGAGGUAUGUCGGUGCCAGGUUAGGUGUGAGGAAGAUGAUGAAGAGACUGGAGAGAGUGGGAAAGAGGGCGGGGAAAUUCCUGAGGAGGUGGGGCUUGUCCAUGACAGUGCGGACUGCUCGCACCGAGCGCUGUCUGUUCAGUCACAGCUCCUGGCUGGGGAUAACAGCCAAUCGCAACUACUGGCUGGGGACAACAGUCAGUCUGGCCCAACCUGUGUCAAAGAAAGAGGCGGGGAUUCCAUCGUCACUGUGCAAUCCUCUUGAGACCAGCUAAUGUGAUUCCUGAAAGCAGCAACAUGAGCGGUCUGUCAUCCUAAAACAGUGUGUACCUGAUGCAGUGGGAGGGGCAACAGAGCAGAUUUUGCUGUGCAUAGACACACUGUUGCUGUGACGAUGACAGCAUGACUUUUCUCUGCAGGAAAAAAAAAAAAAAGACAAAAACACUGCUGGAAAAUUAAGGAUGUCAACAAAUUCUCUUCUGUCUCAUAAUUCUCUCAGUCUUUUCUCCUCUCACUCUCUUUCUCUGUCUCACAUCUUAAUUGUAGUAUUGAGGCCCUUAAUUUUUCUGAGACGUGUUGUCUGUUCUUUGAGCCUCUUGACUGUCCCAGCAGGGCUGGUGAAAAGGGUUCUGCUCUCCCCCGCCGUCUUGAGCUCUGCGGCUCCUGCUCUGUCUCACUUUCUGCUGUUUUUGGGGAGAGCACACUGAGCCGCCAUUCCUGGAGACUCCAUUUCUUGUUGCACUUAAAAGAUGUUUAAAAAUGCUGCUUACUACCACAAUGCUUGGCAGUGCCUGGGCAAUAAUGAAUAGCGUGCUGAUGAUAACAAACUCUUAUACUUUGUACCAGAGACCAUUUGAGGAACAUGGCUGAAGGUGGAGAUGCUUUUCUGAAUGUAUUUGUUGGUGCGGCUGAGCUCUGAUGAUUGAACAUCUCCUGUGGAAGGAACAGGAUCGCACCUCAUCUGUUGACUGCAUGAACUCAGUAGUUGACCAGGCAUCUGGUGGAUUUUCUGGAGACUAGCUAGUGAUUGUAACCUCUGACCUCCUAACAUGUCAGUGUAAAUGUUAAUCUUCCCCAUUGUAGUGGCUGCAACCCACAAAUGGCAAACAUGUUGGAAAGAAAUGGAUGGGUUUUGCCUCACAACAGGCUGUUUAAGAGGGUCAUCAUUUAAGCCUAAACCAAAGCGCCAUUUUGAUUUUUUAAUUUUCUGUUCAUUUAUGUUUAUAUGCAUGAUUAAUUUCUUCCACCCUGGAGGAGAGCUCUGCUUUUCCUCCAUUUAGGAAGUUGCUUGGAUCCUCAAUGCAACAUAAUCUGUUAGUUGGAAUCCAUUCCACUUUAACCCAGAAAUGAAACGGUGUAAUGAAAUGGAGGAAGAGUGGGAUAUAAGUGUCUUAGUGUGCCUGACUUCACAGUGUAUCUCCACCCAGAUAGACGUGUGGAAAGUCUGUUUCACUGUAGUGAGAGUGUAAAUGUGUGAAAUUGAAAGCCAUUUAUAAAAAUAUGAGUGCCAUUAUAAACAUGCUAAAGCAGUGAUAAACUGUAGUUUUAACAGUAUGAUGAAUUGGUCCAUGUUCAGUAUGAUGAAUUGUUUUAGAAGUGCUUUAUUUGGCAGGAACACACCCAGAACGAUACAAAAACAACAAACCUACCAAUAAAUAAUAGUGUUCAUACUUUUGUGGCUUGUUGAAUUAGAUGUGCUUAAUGAAAUCAACAACCUCCUCCAUCCAAGCAUAAAUGAAAACUAAUGAAGCAACAGUGGAGGAAUGUUUGAAUAGUGAGACCCAGUGGCUGGCACAGGCCAUGAGCUCAUCAGGAGAACCACCCUAACUCUCACACCCUCUCUGUCUCUCUGAAACACACGCACACGCUCGCUCUUUCACAUGUACUUGGACAACAGCUGCUAGCCGUCACUCCAUUUGGAUGCAUUUGGUAUUUUAUUUGAUAGCUGACACCAUUUUGAGUUUAUAAUGAAACUGGAUGUGGAGCCAGUGAUGUGUGCUUCAGUAGAUUCCUGUAGAACACUUGCACAGUUACAAGAUGUCAUUGUGGGGUUGUGUUUUAUUUAUUUUUUUAUUAUUAUAAGAAUUGUUUAACUUGCUCUGAGAAAGCUCCUUGUGAGCCUGUGCUGGCUGUGCACUCUGUGCUUCGCUCACUUGCUCACCUGUGCUAUGUCUGCACUCUGUGCUUCAAUCACCUGUGCUGGGUCUGGAGCUGAGACUGGACCUGUUCAACUAGAGUCACUUUUCCAUUUUUUAAUUAUGUUUAUGUUCUAUGUUUCAUACCACAACAGAAUGUCUUGCCUUGCUUCUGUUUGCAAUGAACAUGUCAUUGUUUUAUGUGGUAGAUAGUAGAAGUUCAUGUUGCCACGGUACCUGUCAGGCAGUGCAUGGUGUCACUGUGACUAUAGAUACAUGGUGUUAAAGGCAAAGGAUUUGUACGUUUAUUUAUAAUUGUCUUGCACUGUCAUGAUUCAAACACAAGUCCAGUAGGGCAGAGAACACUGUUAAAUUACAAACAAUAAACUAACUUACAAAGAA